GCUUAUAUAUGCAUUUUAAACUACCACACAAAAAAAAUAUCAAAGGGAGAGAGAGAUGGGGAGAGCCCCAUGUUGUGAUAAAGCAAAGGUGAAGAAAGGUCCAUGGUCUCCUGAAGAAGAUGCCAAGCUCAAAGACUUCAUUGACAAAAAUGGAACUGGUGGGAAUUGGAUUGCCCUCCCUCAAAAAGCUGGUACUUGCCUUUUUAUGCACUUUUUUUCUUCUUGGCUGCCAUCUCUCCCUUCUCCAUCAUCUUGAAGUCAAUAUAUUGGGAGAAAAUUUUAUUUCUAUUUAAUAAAUUCUAAGAACUUGUUUACAUGUAUGGCAUGUUGUUGAUGAUGAUUAGGGCUAAAGAGAUGUGGGAAGAGCUGCAGAUUGAGAUGGCUAAAUUAUCUCAGACCAAACAUCAAGCAUGGUGAAUUCACAAAUGAUGAAGACAGAAUCAUUUGCAGCUUGUAUGCUACCAUUGGUAGCAGGUGGUCAAUAAUAGCAGGUCAAUUACCAGGAAGAACAGAUAAUGAUAUAAAGAACUACUGGAACACCAAGCUGAAGAAGAAGCUCAUGUCAAUGAUGCUCCUUCCUCCUCCACCCCCACCUCCUCCCUCAUCUUCUUCCAAACAGCACCUUAUGAUGAGGUCAUCAUCAUCAUCAUCAUCUUCAAUAAUACCAUCUGCUCUUCCUCUUCCUCCUCCUCCUCCAAGUGCUCUCAUCCCAACCGCCCUGCCACCGCCGCAAAACCCGUUCACUUCUUUUUCUGCAGGCGGCGGUGGCGGCGACGGGCUUGAUCAGCAACCCUUCUCCCUCCACCACUUCUACCCUACUUCAGCUGAUUAUUUCAUGUAUGAAAAUAACAGCAGCUUUCAUAUAUUUCAAGAACAUCAUCAGGGUUUGAUGAAUCCUAUAAUAAAUAUAAUCCCUCAGUAUCAUCAUCAUGAGAAUCAGGUGUUUGUGGGGAGUAAUAAUGAUCAGGUGAGUGGGUCCUCCUCUGAUGGGAGUUGCAGCCAGAUCAGCCAUGUUGCUGACACCUCAAUAGUUGAUCACCUCAAGCAACAACCUGACACUGGCAGUAAACUGGUGAUGGAGGAUGGGAAUAAUAAUAACUUCAGUUUCCAAGGUGAUGAAAAUGGUCACCAUCAUCAGGGUGGUGGUCACAACUUCUUCCUUGAUUUUGGCAGCCCUGGUGCUGGUGUUGAUACUCAUCAUGAUGAUCAUGAAAACAGCCAUCACCAUCACCACCUUGGGAUGUGCAGCAAUGGAGGGCAGUUUGGGAAUACCAACAACACUGAUGAUGAUCAGCAGCAACUGCAAUAUGAUCUUGAUGUUGUUAGGGACCUUGUUAGUUGCAGCAGCAGCACUAAUAAUGUGCAUGAUCACAAUUCCAACAUCAACACCAACAACUUCUUGAUCUUUGAUCACUAUGAAAACAAGCCAGAUGGUCACAAGGGAAUGUACUUCUACUAAUCACGACAACGACGACGAUGGCGAUGACGAUUUGUUAACAACGCACUUAUCGCAUGGAAUGUUCUACCCUACCGCCCUCGUGUAUCUAGGGCAAUCAGAUGUACAUUAAACGAUAUGUGUGAGAUCUGAUGGUCCUAGAUACAUGCGAUUACUACGUACCCACCGACGGGGUAGGGUAGUAGAAGCAUAAGCAAGAUUGGAAUUAGAGAUGGAUAAUCAUCAUUUUUUUCAUGGAAUUUAUGGAGGGUAGCUAUGCUAAGAAGUAGUGUUUAUGUAUUUAAUCAAUGCACAUUUGAGCGUUAUUAGUUCCCAUUUUAGAGGAGAAGAACUUUGUUAGUUAAGUAAUCAUAUUAGAGAGUUCCACUUUAUGAUGCUUUUAAAUCAUGUUGUUUUAUGUAGUAAGCUAUACAGUCUAGCUGUUGGAAUGCAAAUGUUUCUUCUCUUCUACGAUAGAUUACAAUGUUUUUUGUCAUUUCGAUCUUUUAUUUAAUCUAGCUCUUCUUAAUUAA